UAGCUAAAGAAUGAUCCUCGUGUAUGUUAAAGUGGUCUUAGCAAUAUUGUGUUUAACAGUUGUCCCAGUAGUAACAGAUGCACACGGAACAAGGUCCAUGAAAGAUUGCACCCUAUGGUUAGCAGACGACAUUUUUACUUCCUGUUAUCUAUGUUUGCCGUGUUCUGAUGGUUCGGGUAUUCAAGGUUACAUUUGCCGUACAUCAUUUUGUGACGGAAAGGAAGAUUGCAACAAUGGUGAAGAUGAAGAAGGAUCCUUAUGUCAAACGGAACCUUGUGCAAAUACUCAAUGGCGAUGUAGCGAUGACAAGCAAUGUAUCCAUUCAUUUGCACGGUGUGAUGGAAGAACAGAUUGUUUAGACGGGUCGGAUGAGGAUCAUAAUGCAUGUAGAGCACAACAAUGCUCGGCAGGAGAAUUGAAAUGUGCCAACAAACUGGUUUGCUUCAAUGAGAAUGGACGUUGUGACGGUUACCGUGAUUGCUACGACAAUUCAGACGAGGCGAAAUGUACAGAAUUUCAGUGUCCUGACAAUAAGUGGAAGUGUGACGACAGACAACAGUGCAUCAUUAGGAAAAGUGUGUGUGAUGGUCACAACGAUUGUCAUGAUGGUUCAGACGAAACCUUGGAAACAUGUCUAGACUACCUGUGUUCAAAAGGAGAUUGGAAGUGUGCAAACGGACUGCAAUGUAUCCAUGAAGAAAGAUUAUGUGAUGGUUAUAGCGACUGUCAGGACAAAUCAGACGAAUCGAUACAAGUUUGCAAAGAUUACACCUGUUCGUCAGGGAAAUGGAAAUGUAAAGACAAUGAAAAGUGCAUAUAUGAUGAACUGGUUUGUGAUGGUAAUUACGACUGUACAGACAAGUCAGAGGAGAAUGAGGCUGUUUGCAGAGAUUACCAGUGUCUCGGAGACAAGACUAAAUGUGCCGACGGAUUACAAUGUGUUUCACAGACUGAUGCAUGUAUGUGUAUGUUGCCCGGAUGCAAAGAUGGCAGUGGAUGUGCAGGCUUAUCAUCUCUGUGUGCAUAUCCAGAUUGCUAUAUACAGCUGUACAGAAAUAGACCUGGUUCAUCGUUGCUCGGUCCUGCUGGUCCUCCAGGAUCUCAAGCGUGUCCUUGACUUCAGACUUAAACAACAUAUUCACAGAAUAACUUGGCAUAAAUACAUAGAGCUG